AUGGGAGAGGAACAACUGCACGUCGCUUCGCUCGAAGAGUCCAACGCGGCCCGCCUGCCCAUCGGCUGGCGCGACAACUGCAGCGCGCUGCUGAUUCCGCUCAACAAGUGCCGGAAGGAGACCCUGUACGCUCCAUGGAAGUGCGAGGAUGAGCGACACACGUACGAAAAGUGCCAAUACGACGACUUCGUUCGGAGAUCAAAGGCUCUCUCGCAGAAGGUCCUCGCCGUCAAGGAGGAAGAGGCCGUGUAGAUGACACGAAAGCAGCAAAAGAGAGCGAGGCCAGUCAUAUGGGAAUGAUAAUUUUACAAGAUGAGCAAUGUGGGACAUGUCAGGCGCAUGGAUAUGGUACAGUGGGAUACGUCUAAUAGGAGCCAGACGGCGAGUCUCGCUAUGAGGACCCUCUCUGGGGGUCUUCUUGGGAGUUCUUUUGGCGCUCCUGAAACGCAUCGUAGGCGCGU